UUGAGUACAUGAUCUUAGCCACCAUCAUCGCCAACUGUAUCGUACUGGCUUUGGAGCAGCACCUGCCUGGAGAGGACAAGACUCCCAUGUCCAAGAGACUGGAAAAGACAGAGCCUUACUUCAUUGGGAUGUUCUGCUUUGAAGCUGGGAUUAAGGUUGUGGCGUUGGGAUUUGUAUUCCAUAAAGGAUCCUACUUGAGGAACGGCUGGAACGUCAUGGACUUCAUUGUGGUUCUGAGUGGGAUUCUGGCCACAGCGGGAGCUCACAUGAACAUCCCAGUGGACCUGCGGACCCUGCGGGCCGUACGCGUGCUCAGACCCCUCAAACUGGUCUCUGGAAUCCCCAGCCUGCAGAUAGUCCUGAAAUCCAUCAUGAAAGCCAUGGUGCCGCUGCUCCAGAUCGGCCUGCUGCUCUUCUUUGCCAUUCUCAUGUUUGCCAUCAUCGGCCUGGAGUUCUACAGCGGAAAGCUCCACAACACCUGUCUGCCCAUGCCAAAUAUCCUGGAGAAUGAGACGGUGGACAAGUCGGAGUCAGAGUUCCCGUGUGGGGUGAGGAAGUGCCCUGACAAGUACGCCUGCAGUGAAACCUGGAUCGGCCCCAACGAUGGCAUCACCCAGUUUGACAACAUCCUGUUUGCUGUGCUCACUGUCUUCCAGUGCAUCACCAUGGAGGGCUGGACCACCGUGCUCUACAAUACCAACGAUGCCUUAGGCCCCACGUGGAACUGCAUGUACUUCAUCCCUCUGAUAAUCAUCGGCUCCUUCUUCGUGCUGAACCUGGUUUUGGGAGUUCUCUCAGGGGAGUUUGCCAAGGAGAGGGAGCGGGUGGAAAACCGCAGGGCAUUCAUGAAGCUCCGGAGGCAACAGCAAAUUGAGCGGGAACUCAAUGGCUACCGAGCCUGGAUCGACAGAGCAGAAGAGGUGAUGCUUGCGGAGGAGAAUAAGAAUUUAGGACCUUCUGCUCUUGAUGCUCCCAAGAGGCUGUCUGAAUGGAAUACAGGCGGUAACCAUGUGCUGAAGAGGACCACCAUCAAGAGGAGAGGGGUGGAUGCCGUACAUCGGGGCCCAGAGGAGGAGCAGUACGGUGACAUCUCUUCUGUGGGCAUCCCGAUGACCAGAGCCAGCAUCAGGAGUGCUAAGAGAGGACCCACGGCUUAUUUCAAGCGGAAGGAGCGUCUGUUGCGUAUCUCUAUCCGCCGCAUGGUGAAGACACACACCUUCUACUGGACCGUACUGGGCCUGGUGGCCCUCAACACACUCUGUGUGGCCAUCGUCCAUCACAACCAGCCCCACUGGCUGUCUGUGUUCCUCUACUAUGCAGAGUUUCUCUUCCUGGGUCUGUUUCUCACUGAGAUGUGUUUAAAGAUGUACAGCCUGGGACCCAGACUCUACUUCCACUCCGCCUUCAACCGCUUCGACUGCGGCGUGAUAGUGGGCAGCAUCUUUGAGGUGAUGUGGGGGUUCUUCAGGCCUGACAUGUCCUUCGGCAUCAGUGUGCUGCGCGCUCUCCGUCUGCUGAGGAUAUUCAAGAUCACCAAGUACUGGGCGUCGCUGAGGAACCUGGUGGUAUCCCUGAUGAAUUCUAUGAAGUCCAUCAUCAGCCUCAUCUUCCUCCUCUUCCUCUUCAUCCUGGUCUUUGCUCUGCUGGGCAUGCAGCUAUUCGGUGGCAGGUUCAUCUUUGAAGACUACACUCCUACAAACUUUGACACAUUUCCUGCUGCCAUCAUGACUGUCUUUCAGAUCCUGACAGGAGAAGACUGGAAUGAGGUGAUGUACAAUGGGAUCCGCUCCCAGGGAGGAGUGAAGUCAGGAAUGUGGUCCUCCAUAUACUUCAUUGUGCUCACACUCUUUGGUAACUACACACUGCUGAAUGUCUUCUUGGCCAUUGCUGUGGACAAUCUGGCUAAUGCCCAGGAACUAACCAAGGACGAAGAGGACGAAGAGGCUGCUUUCAAUCAGAAACAUGCUCUCCAAAAAGCCAAGGAAGUUGGGGCCAUGUCUUCCCUGAUGUCAUCACACAGGAGGAGGAGACCUUACCUGUACAGGAAAAGAGCGAUACACAGGAGCCGGCCUGCCUACUCUCUGGAGGAGGCUGAGAGCCUCGCCGAGGGGCCCCCCUGCCCGCCAUUGAAUUCCUCUAACUCUUUCAUGUCCAGGGGAGAGAGGAGAAGACGGAUGACCAUGUCUGUGUGGGAGCAGAGAACCAGCCAACUGCGCAGGCACCGGCAGAUGUCCAGCCGAGAGAUCCUCUUCAGCAGCCCCAGUGAGGAGCAGGAAGCGCCCCCUGGAUGCCCCCACAACCUCAAAGCCACAGGCACACCCACAGGCAGCCUGAAGCUGGCUGACCCCACGGCUGAUCCUACGGCCUCCACAGCUCAGCCCCCCAAGCCCAUGGACCAAACUCUAGAGGAGCCACCCCUGUCCAUGGGGGUCCUUGAGCCCCCCUUGUCCGUCCCUUUAGCAGAGCCACCCAUACCCAUCGACAGUCCCCUGCUUGACCCCCCCACGUCCGCAGUUGUGUCCAUUCCGGAGCCCACUGAAUCUGAGCCAUGCCCAGAGGGCCAGCUUGAUGACACCGACCACUGCCACCCAGGUCUCAAUGGCCGCAGGAGCCCCAGGUUAAAUGGGGAGAGAAGGCAGAGAGCAGUGCGUAAGUUCCGCCCUCCUGCUGGUGACACCCUGACCCCUGACAUGGCAGGGAUGAGGCUCAGGAGGCCAAGGGGCACAGGGCACCACGAAGCCCAGGUUGGGGCUAGAGGCCUGGACUCACCCCAGGGGGAGGGGAGCAGUCGCUCUGUCAGCAAGGAGAGAAAGACCCUAGAGGAACGACAGGACAAGGAGAGGAGAGCCUGUAUCACGGGAGAGACCAGCCAGCCUUCUGAGACCGGAGAAGCUGAACACAGACAGGGUGACCCUAACCAGGCUGGGGGUCCUGAGCUGCAGAACAGGGAGGAGGGUCCACAGUCAGAACCACCCCCCAUUCAGCCAUUUCAGGCUGCAGUACCGGAGCUCCCAGAGGGCCAGACAAGAGACAGUGAUACUGGUAACAACGCCACCACUCUGAUCCAGGAUAAGUCCCCUCUGAGCUCCAGUAUCUACAUAGAGGUGACCAAUGUUCAGUCUUCACUAGAGCUCACCCCCAUCACAGGUAACAGUAAAGACAUGGAGGCAUCCAAGCCUGAGAAAGAGGAGGAACAGUUGACCAGCCCAGCCAAUAUUGUCACGCCUGACAGCAUGUUCAUCUUCAAACCUGGCAACCCGAUCCGCCGGGCCUGUCACUAUGUGGUGAACCUGCGUUACUUUGAGACAUGCAUCCUGCUGGUGAUCGCUGCCAGCAGUAUCGCCCUGGCUGCAGAGGACCCCGUGUCAGCCACCUCUAACUGGAACAAAGUUUUGCGUUACUUUGACUACGUGUUCACAGGUGUCUUUACAUUUGAAAUGAUAAUAAAGAUGAUAGACCAGGGCUUGAUUCUCCAUGACGGCUCCUAUUUCCGGGACCUGUGGAACAUUCUAGACUUUAUCGUGGUGGUCGGAGCUCUGGUGGCCUUCGCCCUCACGAAUGUGUUGGGAAAUAAUAAAGGACGGGACAUCAAAACCAUCAAGUCUCUUCGGGUUCUGCGUGUCCUGAGGCCCCUGAAGACCAUCAAGAGACUACCGAAACUUAAGGCAGUGUUUGACUGUGUGGUGACCUCUCUGAAGAACGUCUUCAACAUCCUCAUCGUCUACAAGCUCUUCAUGUUCAUCUUCGCUGUCAUCGCUGUGCAGCUGUUCAAAGGGAAGUUCUUCUACUGCACAGACGGAUCCAAAGACACAGAGAAGGACUGCCAAGGCUUCUACAUUGACUAUGAGAAGGAUAAAAAGGAAGUGAAGAGAAGGGAUUGGAGGAGACAUGACUUCCACUAUGACAACAUAGUCUGGGCCCUACUCACUCUGUUUACUGUCUCCACUGGGGAGGGCUGGCCACAGGUCCUGCAGCACUCUGUGGACGUGACAGAGGAGGACAGAGGUCCCAGCAGGGGCAACAGGAUGGAGAUGUCCAUAUUCUAUGUCAUCUACUUUGUGGUCUUCCCCUUCUUCUUUGUCAACAUCUUUGUGGCUCUCAUCAUCAUCACCUUCCAGGAGCAGGGAGACAAGAUGAUGGAGGAAUGCAGCUUGGAGAAGAACGAGAGGGCUUGCAUUGACUUUGCCAUAAGUGCCAAACCCCUGACCCGCUACAUGCCUCAGAACAGGCAGACGUUCCAGUACCGCCUCUGGCACUUUGUGGUCUCCCCCUCCUUCGAAUACACUGUGCUGGCCAUGAUUGCACUCAACACCAUUGUCCUGAUGAUGAAGUAUUACUCUGCCCCACCAGCAUAUGAGGCUGUGCUGAAACACCUGAACACAGCUUUCACUGUGCUCUUCUCUGUGGAGUGUGUCCUCAAGAUCAUGGCCUUUGGCUUUCUGAACUACUUUCGAGACACUUGGAAUAUAUUUGACUUCAUCACAGUUUUGGGAAGCAUCACAGAAAUAGUGGUAGACUUGCAGUCAAUUGAGACCUUCAACAUGGGUUUCCUGAAGCUGUUCCGUGCAGCCAGACUGAUCAAGCUGUUGAGGCAGGGUUACACCAUUCGCAUCCUGCUCUGGACCUUUGUCCAGUCCUUUAAGGCUCUCCCCUACGUUUGUCUGCUCAUUGCCAUGCUCUUUUUCAUAUAUGCAAUCAUCGGAAUGCAGGUUUUUGGAAACAUCAGACUGGAUGAGGAGACUCACAUCAACCAACACAACAACUUCAAGACCUUUUUUGGUGCUCUGAUGUUGUUAUUCAGGAGUGCCACGGGGGAGUCGUGGCAGGAGAUCAUGCUGUCAUGUUUAGGGGGGCAGAAGUGUGAGCCAGACCCCUUAGCUCUAACAUCAGACCACGAGGAGCGCUGUGGAACUGAGUUUGCCUACUUCUACUUUGUCUCCUUCAUCUUCUUCAGUUCAUUUCUGAUGCUGAAUCUGUUUGUGGCUGUAAUCAUGGACAACUUUGAGUACCUCACCCGGGAUUCAUCGAUAUUGGGGCCUCACCACCUGGAUGAAUUUGUUCGUAUCUGGGGUGAAUAUGACCGAGCUGCUUGCGGGCGUAUUCAUUACACUGACAUGUAUGAAAUGCUGACCCUCAUGUCGCCACCUCUAGGCCUCGGCAAGAAAUGUCCAUCCAAAGUGGCUUAUAAGAGGCUGGUGCUAAUGAACAUGCCUGUGGAUGAAGAGAUGUCGGUUCACUUCACCUCCACCCUCAUGGCCCUGAUCCGAACCGCCCUCGAGGUGAAGAUAGCCAGAGGAGGGGAGGACCGAGGUCAGAUGGAUUCAGAUCUACAGAAGGAGAUAAGUGUCAUUUGGUCACACCUUUCACAGAAGACCCUGGACCUGCUCGUCCCCAUCCACAAAGCCAGUCAUAUGACCAUUGGGAAGAUCUAUGCAGCCAUGAUGAUCAUGGACUACUACAAGCAGAGCAAAGCCAAGAAGCUCAGGCAACAGCUGGAGGAGCAGAAACACGCUCCCAUGUUCCAGCGUAUGGACGCGUCCUCUCUGCCUCAAGAGAUCCUCUGCAGUGCCAAAGCCCUCCCUUUCCUGCCCCACAGCCCUGGAUCUGCCCUGACCAGAGGAGGAUUUGUGGCCUUGAGUCCCAUAUCCCCUCAGGAGAUGUUCAUGCAGCCCAUGUCCCAGGACUUAGAGGACAGAGAGGAGGACUACCACAACUAUCACCACCACCACCUGCUCCACCACCAGCUCCACACACUGGUUCCGGAGCGCAAAGAGUUUAACCGCAACCUUUGCCCCACUAACAGGCAGGAUGACCCACUCAGGGUGCCCGGGCGGGCAGUCUCUAUCCGAGCCUCCUCUAUGCCUCGGCUGGCUGUAGACACACAGGUGGGGACAGACAGCAGCAAAUCAAUGAAGCGCUCCUUCUCCACUAUUGGGGAUCAAUGUGUGAAUGGCCUGUGGCAGGAGGAGUACUCUCUGAAGAGGGUCAGUCCUGACCGUCUGAACAGACCACGACAGAGGAGCAUCAGAGGAAUCAGGUGCAACCUCAGGGAACCAGUGGAUCAUGAGCGGGGGCGCUCCAAAGAGAGGCGUCACCUGCUGUCUCCCGACGUGUCCCGCUGCAACUCUGAGGAGCGGAGCCAGGACCCGUCACAAGAACGCAAGCAGUCCCGUUCCCCCAGCGAGGGACGCACACAUGCCCUCCACAGACAGGGCAACACUUCAGGCAGCCCAGACCUGUCCAGCACACCCCGCGGCCGGCGCCAACUCCCCCAGACGCCCUUGCGGCCACGCCCUCACAUCUCCUACUCCCCCCUGGUGUGCCGAGCCCACCUCUCCCCCCCUGCUGCCAGUGAGGGCAGAGCCCGGACCCAGGAGGCCCCCGGAGAGACGGAGGAUCCCUCGUUGCGGGAGGAGGGGGAGAGGCUAGCCCCAGAGUCAGGAGCGGGGGUGGGGGUGGUAAUAGGGGUGGGUGGCCCAGGGUUAGGGGUCAGUCACCCGCACCACUCACCUCACCGGUACAUCUCGGAGCCGUACCUGACCCUGCACGAGGAGUUACACAGCCCAGACUCCUCAGGCCUGGAUGAGACUCUGACCUUCGAGGCGGCCAUUGCAACCAGUCUGGGCCGGGCCAACACCAUCAGCUCUGCCCCCCAGCUCAGACACAACUGGCAGGUCCCCAACGGACACUUCCAUAAACGCCUGGGUCAGGCCAGCUCUGUGGUUGCCUGUGAGCUCUUGAGUGACACGGACGAGGAUGACCGCUGUUAGGGCCGGGACUUGUAGAAGAAGAGCAGGAAGAUGGACAGCAAAACUGGGUAUCAGAAAGACAGGGGUCCUCAGUUUGAAGCACACUGUCAGGUCGUGUACUGAGUGUGCAUCUGUACGUGUGUGUAUCUGCACUCUUAGAAAAAAGGGUUCCAAAUGAGUUCUUCAGCUGGCUCCCGAGUGGCGCAGCAGCCUAAGGCAUUGCA